CAGUGGCUCGAUCGAUGCAGUAGUGUGAGGAGGUGGAAAGUGGGCUGUUGUUGGGGACGUGACUGUUUUUUUAUCUCGAUUCUGAUUGAUACACGAACCGGAUUUACUGUGAACCGAGGAGCUGGUGUGCUGAACCGGAGGGUAAGCAAGGCGCUCGAAUUCGUACACGAGGAGGGAGAAGUGUGAGGUGUGCUGAGUCGGAACCAUGAGUUACCCGAUGCCUCAACAGGCACGACCAAUGUCUCAGGGGGGUUAUCAUAACCCUGCCGAUAUGCCGAUGCAGAAUCCAAAAGAACAGAUUGCCAUGUGGCAACAAAACACCUACAUGAGUGAUUCAGGCAUCCACUCAGGUGCCACCACCAAUGCUCCGUCUCUUACUGGCAAAGAGGAGGACAUGGAUGCAGAAUGGAUGGAGGGACAGGCACAGCAAGGUUUCAACCAGGCAGCAUUUACAUCAGAACAGGUGGACGAUAUGAAUCAGCAGUUGAACCAGACUAGAUCUCAGCGAGUGCGUGCAGCCAUGUUCCCUGAAACUUUAGAUGAGGGGAUGGAAAUCCCUUCUACUCAGUUUGAUCCCCAACAGCCAACAGCUGUGCAAAGACUGGCAGAACCCUCACAGAUGCUGAAGCAUGCUGUGGUUAAUUUGAUCAAUUACCAGGAUGACGCAGAUUUAGCAACACGUGCCAUCCCUGAGCUCAUCAAGUUACUGAAUGAUGAGGAUCAGGUUGUAGUCUCACAGGCAGCUAUGAUGGUUCACCGACUCAGCAAAAAGGAAGCCUCAAGACAUGCAAUCAUGAACUCUCAGCCCAUGGUAGCUGCUCUGGUCCGUGCCCUGAGCAACUCAAAUGACCUGGAAACAACACGUGUCACAGUGGGUGCCCUUCACAACUUGUCCCACCACCGACAAGGUCUCCUAGCCAUUUUCAAGUCGGGUGGCAUUCCAGCUCUAGUCAAGCUUUUGAGCUCACCAGUAGAAUCUGUGCUCUUCUAUGCCAUCACAACACUGCACAAUCUCCUGCUGCAUCAGGAGGGGUCAAAGACAGCUGUACGAAUGGCAGGUGGGCUACAGAAAAUGGUGGCCCUCCUUCAGCGUAACAAUGUUAAGUUCCUUGCCAUUGUAACUGACUGCCUUCAGAUUUUGGCUUAUGGUAAUCAAGAAUCAAAACUCAUCAUUUUGGCUUCUCAGGGACCUCAAGAACUUGUUCGCAUCCUGCGUUCCUACACAUAUGAAAAAUUACUAUGGACUACCUCAAGAGUGCUCAAAGUAUUGUCUGUGUGCUCAAGCAACAAGCCCGCUAUUGUUGAAGCUGGUGGAAUGCAGGCUCUUGCCAUGCACUUGACCCACCAGUCCACACGUCUGGUACAGAACUGCCUCUGGACCCUACGUAACUUGUCAGAUGCUGCUACCAAAGUUGAUAGUUUAGACCAGCUUCUACAAAACUUGGUGCACUUGUUGCGAGCCAGUGAUAUCAAUGUUGUUACCUGUGCCGCUGGCAUCCUCUCCAACUUGACCUGCAACAACCAACGUAACAAGAUAACAGUCUGUCAAGUUGGAGGUGUUGAAGCCUUGGUCGCCACCAUCUACAGCGCGGGAGAAAGGGAGGAAAUCACGGAGCCUGCUGUUUGUGCAUUGCGUCACUUGACUGCUAGGCAUCCAGAAGCGGAAGUUGCUCAGAAUGGUGCCCGCUUGAAGAACGGAAUCCCCAUCAUUGUAAAUUUACUUCAUCCCCCAUCUCGUUGGCCUCUUGUGAAAGCCGUUAUUGGGCUUAUCAGGAAUCUGGCUCUUUGCCCAGCCAACCAUGCUCCCUUGAGGGAGUCUGGUGCCAUUCCACGCCUGGUACAGCUCCUCAUCCGCGCUUUCCAGGACACUCAGAGGCAACGUUCUUCUGUAGCCAGUGGAGGUUCUGGUAGCAUUGGGGCAUAUGCAGAUGGUGUGCGAAUGGAAGAAAUCGUUGAAGGAACUGUAGGUGCUCUUCACAUCCUUGCACGCGAGUCCCACAACCGAGCGAUUAUACGAGGCCUCAACGUCAUACCAAUUUUCGUUCAAUUGUUAUACAAUGACAUCGAGAACAUCGAGCGUGUUGCGGCUGGAGUUCUUUGUGAGCUUGCAGCUGACAAAGAAGGAGCAGAAAUGAUAGAACAAGAGGGUGCUACGGCCCCUCUAACAGAACUCUUGCAUUCGCGCAAUGAAGGCGUGGCCACAUACGCAGCAGCUGUGUUGUUCAGGAUGUCGGAGGAUAAACCUCAAGACUACAAGAAGAGGCUGAGCAUGGAGCUGACAAACUCACUCUUCCGCGAGGAUGGAUCCAUGUGGCAAGGAGAUUUGGCAGCCAUGCCUCCUGAUCUACAGGACUUCAUAGCUCCUCCAGAAGGCCAUUAUGAUCCUAUGUAUGGCCAAGGGCCGCCAAGUGUCCAUGGAGGCCAUGCCGGGCCAAAUUAUCAAGGUGGCUACGAUCACGUACCUGUGGACUCGAUGCAAGGAGGUCCAGGAUCGAAUUACGGACCUAUAGACCCGCGAGACCUUCCGCCUGGACACCCCGGACACCCUGACCUGACGUUUGAUCAACAGAUACCGCCGCAGCCUCCACGUGACAAUAAUCAGAUGGCAGCGUGGUAUGACACGGAUCUCUAAGUCAGUGUGGUUUUCAAGGGAAUUUAAAGUCAUUUCUCUUAAUAUAUAUACAUAUUAUAUAUAUAUAAAGGGUGUGCAGCAGCUUUUCUUCAGUACAGAAGUUAAUGAAUGCUUACAGCUGAUUGUCUACUCUGCAUUUAGAAAUGUUUGACUUCUAAAUUUAAGGAGCAAAAUCAAACAAUUACUGUAUAUUAGACUCACACCCACUCUGUUGCAGCUAAGAAAGCAUUUUAUAAGUGAAGUGUAAUGGGUUGGAAGUUUAAGUUAAACAAGAAUAAUUGUUUACAAUGAUAGGUGCCAUGUUGACGUUUUUGGGGCAGAACUCAUAGUACUGUGUAAAUGCUCCGAAAAACAUAUUUUAUCAAUAUUUAAAUAAUAAGAAACAAUGACUACACGAUGGAGGACCUUCCCCACCCGCCUCCAUUAACAAUCGUAAAUGCUGUCGUGUUUUCCCUUCCACCAAGGUGUUACGAACACCCAGGUAUUUGUUGGGAGUUGAAUGUUUGGCAGCUUAAGAAUUACUACAGCUGUCAUGAAUUUUGUAGAUUUUUAUUUAGUAGCCUAGUUAAAUGUUUAUAAACUCCAGGAUUUGAUUUUUUUUCUUUUUUUCCUGAAAAGAACGUAAAUAGAGUAGGCUAGUGAACAUUUGUUAUGCACAAAUUUUAUCAUGUAUUGGUUACUACUCGAUGAGACUUCAUGAGUGGCAACCCAUACAAAGAAAUCUUAGUUUUCACAAGUAGAAUAUAUUCAUGUAUUAAAAGUUUGUUUACCUAAGUUUUAAAACAAUGUUAUGGACAAUCAUGUAAUGUAAAUUAUACCAAGAUUGCUGUAGAGUACUUUUUAGUGGUUAUGAACUUUUUUUUUUUUUUUUUUUUAGGUUUUGAAUUUUACCCUCAGAUGGAGACAAUUUUUAUUAUGAUUACAUGUAAAGAAGCCUAUUUUCUCCUUAAGAUUCAGAAGAAUCUAUAGAGUAGAUGUCAAAUGGUUUUUAUUGAGUCUUAUGUUUGUACUGUACUUUUUUUACAUACCACGUGAUUCUGAUCAAAUUUGAGAAGAUUGUGGAGGUUUGGCAAGUUUCUAGGGCAAUCGUUUGAAAUUGUUCACCGUAUUUCUGUAGGUAUCGUUUUAUAUAAAGAACCUAGACAUGAGAGUUUUUCAGAUUCUCUUCGUUCAUUUUGCGCUCUGUAUAAAAAAAAACAAAAAAAACUCGCUUCCUUUUGUACGUUCUUGAUUACCCAAGAAUACUUGCCUCUGUUUGCAGUCUUUUUGACUGAGUUGGACAAUUUUGUAUAUGCAUUCAUUUAACAUGAGGAGAGAUGUGGAGAAGCAUCUACCAAUAAUUAAUGUUAGCUAAGUCAGCAUUACGCUGAGCAACCUGAUUAACUGUUUCCUUUUUUUAAUGAGUCUAGGUAAAUUGCCUCUCCACAUGUUUGGUCUCAUACAUUUUACAAUCCAUAUUCCUGUAUGUUUUCAGUUUUGUGCCACAGUAUUAAUAUGAAUUAAUGAUUGCAGUCGUCAUCUUUACCAACCCUAUGUCUUGUAUCUCUGCUAAAGCUAUUGAUCACAUGUCAAGUUCCAUGAAGUGGGGUCUACAUUGUGUACAGAUUAUGACCUGACACACAAAUACUAUUCCAUCAUUUAACAACUGGUAAUCUGUAGACGAUGUAAACAACCAUCAGGGAAUUUAUUCCUUUCCCCUGCAUUGUAAUUUAUGUCCCUAUCAUAUUUUUUCCACUUUUCAUCAACAUAGGAUCCUUUGAGUACAGACCAUUCCUAUGAAGUGCACUUCAUUUUCAAUUGCAUCUCUCUCUCUCUCUCUCUCUCUCUCUCUCUCUCUCUCUCUCUCUCUCUCUCUCUCUCUCUCUCUCUCUCUCUCAUAGUAUUUCUUAUAUCCUCAUUACAACUUGAAUUUUGUUAGUUUUGUAGUGUAUCUUUCAUCAGAUGUCUGAUAUAAGUCAAAUAAAAUGUUUUUUUUUU